UUUUCUAAACUUCCUCUUUUGAUUGACUCUUUUGCUUGGCCGCCAUAUUUGGUUGUUUGAGCUCCGUGUUUAUUCUUCAAAUAGACACAGUCGCAUGCCUGUUUUGUGCUUCUAUUGAUAAAUAUCUCACAGAAUGUCACGAUUCCGUGGUACCCCAAAUGAUAGCAAAAUAUAUAUUGGGGACUUGCCGAAAGAUGCCUCGGAGAAAGAGUUAGAACGAGCUUUCAGCUACUACGGUCGUCUGAGAAAUGUCUGGGUGGCAAGGAAUCCACCUGGAUUUGCAUUUGUGGAGUUUGAAGAUUACAGAGAUGCAGAAGAUGCUGUAAAAGAACUAGAUGGGACAAAUAUUUGUGGGAGUCGCUGCCGUGUAGAAUUGUCCACAGGCAAAGUGAGGCCAAAACCAUGGCUUCGUGGAGGGCGUGGCCCCCCUCGCUCACGUCGUGCAUUCCACCCUGACGACAGAUGUUACGAGUGUGGUGAACGAGGCCAUUAUGCAUAUGAUUGCUCCAGAAGUCGAAAAGGAGGAGGUGGUGGUGGUGGAAGUGGAAGUGGAAGUCGGAAGAGGUCCUACUCUCGGAGUUAUUCCCGCAGCAGGAGCAGGAGCAGAGGUCGCCAGAGCCGUACUCGCAGCAGGAGCCCAAGGUCAGAUCGAUCAAGAUCCAGAUCUCCUGCUCCAAAAUCUCGCUCCCGUUCUCCUUCCGCCCACUCCAACUGAGGGCCUCGUUCUGCGGACAAAGUUGGCAAAGUUUUGUUGUACCAAGAGGCUCUGGCUUUUGCAGUAUUGCACAGGGCUGAUUUGUAAGGGACCUGAAAUGCCUUCUUGUCCGGCCGCAUUAGGAAGAUGAAACAAUCCGUGCUUUGAAUUUUGUUCUCUCAUUGUACAAAAGUUCAUAUAUAUAUGCUGUGUUUGAUGUAACUAUAAUUACUCAUUCAUACAAAUCGUUGUUUUGCAAAACUUACAGAGUACAUUCACUCUGCUGUUCUGAAGAUGCUGCCGGAUGAGGUCUAUGGUUAAAAAAAACAGAGGCACUAUCGUCAUUUUUCUUGUUGUGAUCGCUCUAUUUACAGUGAAAUUAAGAUUUUCUUUUAUUCAAGUAUAGAGGAGAAUAUUUUGUCUCUUUGUGUAUAGUUUUCUGUUGCUGUUCCGUCUGUUACCUGUUGUGAAUGGCUUUUUGUGACAGGGCUUUUUAAUGGUAGUUACUGAGGUUUAGUUUAAUAUUGACUUGUACUUUUGAUAGUGUAGUUUCCUAAAACAGCAGGCUGAGGGAGAAAUUAAAUGAUUUGCAUGCAAAGCACUUGGUCAAAGUAUUACAAACUCAUCUCUGCCCUGAAUGUCCCGACCAUUGUUGCAGAACAAUUUAAAAACGGAAACACAGAAUAUGACUUCAUAUGUAUGUAUGAUCUUUGCAUUUGUUCCAUUAAAAUGUUUUUUUACGUCAAA